ACAUAUAUAUUAUACUAACUAAUUAUAAGUGGAACUAGAUAGGCGGCCUAUUCUCGUACGUGAUCAUCAUCAUCGUCAUACAAAACCAAAAUUGUGAGUUAUUAUUAGUUGAUUCCUCUUCAUCAUCAUCUGACCGUCAAACCCCAUCCAGGCGGCAUGGAUGAGACAGCUAAGUCACACAACAGUGCUCUAACCUCAUGGCAAAUAAAAGGAAAAGGUGGAUUUAAAGCUGCUUCUUUCCUAUAUGUGCUGGCGGCACUAGACAACAUGGGAUUUAUAGCAAACAUGGUGAGCUUGGUAUUGUACUUCCAUCUGAAGCUGCAUUUUGAUAUUCCAACUGCAUCAAACACACUCACAAACUUCAUGGGCUCAACUUUCUUGCUCUCAAUUGUCGGCGGAUUCAUAUCUGAUACUUAUAUCAAUAGAUUACAUACAUCUCUCAUCUUCGGACUACUUGAAGUUCUGGCAUUGAUAUUGAUGACAAUCCAAGCAAGAUUCACAAGCCUACAACCAGAAGUGUGUAGCAUUAAUAAGGGAAGUUGCAUGGAGGGUAACAAAGCACUGCUCUUUUAUGUCUCCCUUUGUGCAUUGGCAUUGGGGUCUGGUGGGGUGAGGGGUGCCCUCCCAGCACUUGGCGCCGACCAAUUUGACCACACACAUCCCAAAGAGGCCAAGGCCUUUGCAAGCUACUUCAACUAUCUCUUGUUCAGCACCACCGCCGGCGCCACCAUCGGCGUCACCUUCAUUGUCUGGCUCACCACCGAAAAGGGAUGGUGGUGGGUUGGUUUUCUCAUCUCCGUCGUUGGUGUUAUCGUCGGUUUCGCCGUCCUCGCCGCCGGAAAGCCCUUCUACCGCCUCCAAACUCCCGGCGGCGGUCCGCUCUUGAGAAUUAUUCAGGUAAUUGUUGUGUCAAUAAAGAAUCGAAAGCUAAGAUUACCAGAAAAUGAUGGUGAAUUGUAUGAGAUGGAGGACAAAGGAUCAAGCAGCUAUGUGGAAGAAGAAAAGCUUUCACACACUGACCAGUUUAGAUUCUUGGACAAGGCAGCAAUUGUUGCAGAGAAUACAACACAACAGGCAACACCAUGGACAAUAUGCACAGUGACCCAAGUAGAAGAAGUGAAAGUCCUGAUAAGAAUGCUCCCAAUCAUAGGCAGCACCAUACUAAUGAACACCUGCCUCGCCCAACUCCAAACCUUCUCCGUCCUCCAAGGCUACAGAAUGGACCUCCAACUCGGCUCCAUAAAAAUGGCGCCCUCCUCCGUCCCCGUCAUCCCCCUCCUCUUCAUGACCCUCCUCAUCCCCUUAUACGACCGCGUCUUCGUCCCCCUCGCCCGCAACCUCACCCGCCACCCCUCCGGCAUCACCCAGCUCCAGCGCGUCGGCGUCGGCCUCGUCCUCUCCGUCGUCUCCAUGGCGGUCGCCGCUGCCGUGGAGGUCAAGCGGAAGCGCCACUCCCUGAAAGACCCUUUGCACCCCAUUCAUGUCCUGUGGCUUGGUUUCCAGUAUGGCAUCUUUGGGAUUGCCGACAUGUUCACUUUAGUUGGCCUGCUUGAGUUCUUCUACAAGGAAGCUCCGUCUGGGAUGAGAUCUCUCUCCACUUCUUUCACUUGGAUCUCUCUUUCCUUUGGGUACUUCUUGAGCAGUGUGUUUGUGGAUGUGAUCAAUGCCAUUACUAAAAAAGUUGGGUCCAGCAAGAGAGGGUGGCUGGAGAGUAAUGAUUUGGACCUGAAUAAACUCAACUUGUUCUACUGGUUCUUGGCCAUUCUUAGUGCCAUCAACUUUGCAGUUUAUCUGUUGAUGGCUUCCUGGUACAAGUACAAAUCUGAAGAUAAUAAUAAACAACUUGCUGUACAAAAGCCCAUCACUAUUCCAGAAUCAGUGUCUAAAAGUGGGGUGCCAUUUCUGAAAGAUCCAUCAAAAAACACUGUUGAUGAUAAUGAAAUACCAUCAUCCACUGGGCCUGUUGUGGACACCGCAGAAAAGGAUGAUAAAUAAGUGAACUGGAUAAUAAGGGAGCUGAAGAAACUAAACCAAGUUUUUCUGUUUCUUUUGAGUGUUUGUUUGGUCUCCAUUUUUUAGGGAAUUGAAAUUCUCUUUGUGGGGAUGGGCCGAAUCAUUAUUGUUAAGAAAACCAACACACAUCCAUGUUUGAAUUGGUUAUUAAUAAGUCUCUUAGCCUAGCUAAAGCUUGGAAAUGAAUCAAAUGAUGUUAGCCCGGCCUUGUUGUU